AUUAAUCAAACACCAUUAGCUAAUCACUCAGCAACUAGUAACUAAUCACUUAACACCGUGAGUAAAACCACCUUGAAAUGGCGGGCUCCUCCUCCUCAUCCACCGCAACGAACUUAAUCUCCACCGUCCAUCACGACAUCAUAGAAUCUCACAUCCUGACGCGUCUCGACGGACCAACCCUAGCCUCCUUCUCCUGCGCCUCCUCACACCUCCACGAGCUCGCUUCAAACGAGCUCCUCUGGUCCAAACUCCGCCGCUCCACGUGGCCUUCCACCGCCGCUUUCUCCGACGAUGGUUCCCGCCUUUUCUUCUCCGACGCCUACUCUGUCCUCGACGCUGCCGGUUCAGUUUCCGAUCCCCACCGUCCGUUCCCGGAACUGAUCUCCGCCGUGGAUGUGCACUACAGAGGGAAGCUGAUUUUGAGCAGAGUCGUGAAGACGGAGACGACGACGGAUCGUGAGCUGGAUCAGGAGCUGGCUUUGAGCUGGAUCGUGAUUGAUCCCGUCGGAAAACGAGCGGCGAAUCUGUCGAGUCACCGGCCGGUGUCGGUGCGGCGAAACUGGCUGAGCGGUGGAGUGGAGGCGAAAUUCGCGACGGUGGUGGGGUCGGUGGAGUGUGUGAUCACGGUGGUCACGUGCGGGGAGGAGGAGAUGCACGUGAAGGAGGUGAGUCUGAGGGUGGAGAAGAUGGAGGGAACGCAUUUGAACGGGGAGGAUAGUUUGGUCAUUUUGAGGAGUGUAAUGGAGGGUAAAAGAGGAAAUGGGAGCAGGAGAGAGAUGGAGUCAAAGAGGAGACACGAGGAGUUUAUGGAGAAGAAGAGGGAGGUGAAAGAGAAGAAGGUGAGGGUAAAUUUGGUAUUUGACAUUUUAACUGUUGCUGUCGGUAUUUUAGGUUUUGUAUCGCUUGUUGGGUUUUAUCUUUGGUCUCGGCGGACAUUGAUGUAAUCAAUCACGAUUCAAUAACAUCAAUUCUCAGAAAUGAACCUGGGAUUUUGAUCCAAACUGAACCAAAAAGGUUUUCAUCAA